GAAAAAAUCAAAUUUUGGUACAAUGCAAUGUUAUCGUAAAAAUAUUUUUUCAGUUUAUUUUGACAUGCUGUUUGUUAUAUUUUACAAAUCAUAUUGAAUAUUUCGAGUAUUGCAUUUAGUUUGCUAUCUAGUGACAAUUCUUUUGGCCAAUCAGAGUGCUAAGAUUUUGAAUUCUGGGCGCCAUAUUGGAAUAUAAAAAAGAGGAACAUGAAUAGCUGCAACAACAUAUAACAAUAGAACAGCAUGUCUCAAUCAAGAACAAGAGCAUUAACAUAUGGGAGACAUAAACAGAGGGUCGUGAAGGAUGAUGGUUUUGAUGUGUUUGGAUCCAGGGAAGAGAAGCUCAAUGUUUUCAGUUUCUCAUCGGAAUCUAGCAUAAAUGAUGUGUCUGUAGAAUCAAACUCGUCAGCUAAACAACCUGCAGUACUUCUAGGGCUUCCAGCAGCAGGAAGAAGGAAACAGACUAAGAAAAAUGUAUGUUGUAAGACCUCAACACGAGGCAAGCACAAUAAAGAAAACAAUGACAUUGAUACGACAGAGAGGAGGCAGAAUAGAAGAUGUAAAGUCAAGAAAACAUACACCCUCUCUUCAUCAUCUGAUGAUUCCUGUUCAAGCAACAAUAGUGGUGUCAUGUUUGUAUCUGAGGUGCAGCCCCCAACUAGGAAAGCCCUCAAGGAUCGAAAUGCUGUGAUAAAUGAUAUCUCUCUUGAAGACAAUAACAAGAAAACUAAAGGAACAAAAGCUGCUAAAAAGAAACCUUCCACAAAAACUAUAAAAAAUGAUAAGGUUAAACCAACUAAAGCUAAAUUAAAUGUAAAAACUUCUAAAUCCAAAGAAGUUGAGAAAUUGUUGGAGGAAGGACAAAGUUUAGAAACAGGAAAAAAUCGAAGAGUUAAACGGAAUGUAAUUCCUUCAGUUAAUUUUAGUGAAUUUAGCUCGUAUAGUUUGAUAAUCAGUGAGUCUUCAAAUGCUACUGAAGAACUUAUUAUAGAGCCUGAUAUUGAACCAACUGGGACCCCACACGGAGGGACUCCAAAUGAGGGGACCCCACAUAUGAAAACAAGGACAACCAGAAAAAAUACCUCAGCUGUGACAAGCACUCCACAUCAACAAGCAGUAACUAUUCACAAAGCUUUGACUAAGGAUCCUAAAUUAUCUAAAGUGCAUGAGUUAUCAGUCAUUGACCUAGUAGAGUCAAGUCCUGAGACAUCGCACAUUGGAUUAAAUCACAGUAAAAAUUCAUCAGAGCACUCACCUAUCAAUUUAAGUAAAUCCAGGGAACAUAUAAAUGAUGUUGAGUUAUCCUUACAAAAUCUUUGCAUCUCAAGUAUAGCUGAAAGUCCAUAUUUCACUCCGAAAACAAGGAAAACAAAUGCAAUACUAAACACCAACAGUGCCAAUGGCAUUGUAGAUAAACUUAAACCCUGUCGUGUAAUACUCGAUAAAAUUCCCUCAGACUCAAGUUCACCCACAUCGAGUAAAUCCACAUCAUCAGAUUCAUGUAAGAACACACUAGAAAAUGUAACAGUUCGUGGUCGUAGAACUAGAUCCAAUAAAGGAUCAUCAGCAUCAUCGUCGUCUUCAUCCAAUGAUGAUUACUAUGAUCCAUCGAGAGAUCUGUUCUCUGAUAUGACGUAUGAUGAGAUACUCCAACAGAUAAGUGAAGAGGAUGAAGAGGAGGGAGGAGCAAGUGAGGAGGAAUCAGAUGAAGAUAGUGAGCCUGAAAUUGAAGAACUUAGUGACAUUGUUGAAGAUGAAGAACUUGAAGUAUCUGAUAUAGAGGAAAAUGAAGUUGAAGAUGAAGAAGAUGAUGUUAGUGAUGAAGAAGAUAUUAGUGAAGAACAAUCUGAGGAUGAUAUCAAAGAAGAGAGUGAUAUCCUCGAAAAUGAUGUUGAUGUUACAAGGUACAUGAUAUCUGAACUGUGUCUAGAUGACACAGAGACAAGUGCAAUGUCUUCCUACCAUACUGCUACCCAGGCUCUAGAGUCCCCUGCAAACCAGGUACAAGAGUCUCCCUUUCGAGGCUUCAGUGAACAUGAUUCACAUACAGCCAGUGAGAGCCUUAGGGCAAGACAGCUUGAACUUGAGGCAAGCUGCAGAUCAUUUGCUGAAAUGAUGACCCCUAAGAGGACAAAAACUCCAGCAUGUCCAGCAUUCUCCCCUCAUACUAAAAUCAUGGGACAGUGCAGGCAGGAGGGCUUCAUUAGUUUCUCUCAGUGCAUAACACCAAGUUUACUCAAGACCUGUGUUAAGAUAGGGGAAGGUGUGUAUGGUGAAGUGUUCAGAGCAUUGAACUCACGUAAGCAGCCUGUUGUUUUUAAGGUGAUUCCGAUAGAAGGAGAUUUUACAGUUAACGAUGAACCUCAGAAAACUUUUGAGGAAAUCCUGCCAGAAAUAGUGAUCUCAAGAGAGCUCAGUGAGUUGCGAAGUUGCAGUACCAACCAGACAGAUGUUUUCUGCCAGGUUAACAGCGUUGCUUGUGUCCAGGGAUGUUACCCUGAUAGGCUUCUUAACCAGUGGGACACAUUCAACGAGACCAAACACUCGGAGAAUGAUAGACCAGAUGUAUUCUCAGAUGAACAGCUCUUUAUUGUGUUUGAGUUUGGAGAUGGAGGCUCUGAUUUGGAGCACUUUCAGUUCCGUGAUGCCCUUCAAGCCAAGAGCCUUCUCCAUCAGGUGACUGCGGCACUUGCAACUGCUGAGCUUGAGUUCCAGUUUGAGCAUCGUGAUCUCCACUGGGGUAACGUUCUUGUGAGGAACACUACAGCUCCGAGUGUACGAUACAAGAUAGAUGGCGAGACUGUAGAAGUGGAGAGUCUUGGCGUUCAUGCUUGUAUCAUUGACUUCACUUUGUCCAGGAUGCGGAAAGAUGGUGUAACAGUGUUCACAGACCUUUCAACAGAUGAGAGUCUGUUUGAGGGAAAGGGGGAUCACCAGUUUGAUGUCUAUAGAAUGAUGAGGGAUGAAAAUGAGAAUGACUGGGAGCCCCACCAUUCAUUCUCCAAUGUACUAUGGAUUCAGUACCUGGCAGACAAACUGAUAAAGAUGAAGAGCUAUCCUGAUAGUAAAUCAAGAGACCAUAAAAGCAUUAUGAGAGACUUCAGAAACUUUCAUAGAGAGUGCUUAGACUUUCAAAGUGCCCUACAUUUACUCAAAGAAAGCCCAUUUUUCCAAUCAUGAUAUCUACAAUAUUGAUGACAAGGGGGAAUAAUUUAUACGCUAUCAGAUGAUUGAUUUACGCUAGUGUGGUGGUAUUCUUGGGAUUACGCUCAUAAAUUGGAAGGAUGGAGGAUUUUAUUCCAUGAUAGUGAAAUUAUGAGCAAUUUGAUGGAUUAUAUGAAAAUAUGGAUAUAAACGAGAGUACAGUAUAUGAUUCUCAAACUUCUCGGAUCAUGUAAUUCUGAAUCAUUCAGUUAUAGGCUCUAUCCACAUAUACAGUGAAGUACCAGUCCAGUCAUCAAUACCAGGAUAUUACUUUCGCUCAAUAACCGAGCCAUUGCCAAAAAAAUAUCAAACUAAACUAUGUUUCAUGUAUUUACACAUUUUGCCACAAAGAACAUACCAAAUAUACAUUACAUUAUACUUAUAACAUUAUUAAUUUAAACUACAAACUGUAACGCUAGUAGUAUUGAAAAUAAAUAAGUCCUACAACAAAUUAAUUACUGACUUUGAUAUCUUUUAAUCUACUGAAUAUAUUUAAAAUAUUCAUGUAAAGUUGAAUGACCCAAAAUGAAACCCACAAAUUAUGAAAAAUUCAACAAUUAUCAUGAAACCUUCAUGGACCUUCUGAAAUCACAUUUCCCAUUUUGGACAUCCUCUCCCAUUAAAUCACUCAAUAAUGCAAAUUUUUAAAUGGAUUUUCAGUCUGUCUUCUGAAUUUUGAAACAUUACAGUUGCAUUUUAUUCCUUCAUUAUUUCCAGAUGAUUUAAACAAUUUUGUUGAAAUUCUAUAUGUGAUUACUUGGAAGCAUAUUUACGCUGUCUAAUUAUCACUGUAUUUGUCUUGAAUUUGGUGAGCGUUUUAAGACGGUUGGUGCCGUUUCAGUUGUUUAAUUUAGACCAUUUUUAAAAUAGUUUUUAAGAACAAUUAAACUGGACUCGGCGAGGUAUAUGAUAAAGAUAUGAGAUU